UUUCUUCGAGGGCAAUUCCAUGGGCGACAGCUCCGCACACUUUGCCGAGCUCUGGGACCAUUUGGACCACACGAUGUUCUUCCCGGAUUUCCGACCUUUCCUGAGUGGAAAUUCCUUGGAUCCUGACACGGCAAGAGGUCCUGGAGCUGCUCCAGAUCUCUGGGGGCCUGGACGUCCUCCCAGAAUUCCCAUGGCUCGGAGAUUCCGAUCCCGCGGCACUUCCCGCCCGGAUCGUUCCCCAGCCAUCGAGGGGAUUAUCCAGCAGAUCUUCGCAGGAUUCUUCGCCAACUCGGCCCUUCCUGGUUCCCAACAUCCCUUUUCCUGGAGUGGAAUGCUGCACUCCAAUCCCGGGGAUUACGCCUGGGGACAGAGCGGCCUCGACGCCAUCGUCACCCAG